CUGUCAGAAAGGUUGCUCAUUUAGCCAAACAGUACUUCAUACAAACAAACUGACGACUGAGAACUCCUGUCCUGGGUCUCUUCUGGUUUGGCAGGUUCCUCUACAAUCAUGAUGCGACUGUUGGUUGUUGCCAUUAUUGCGGGAUUACUUUUUGAAAACACAUACGGGGUGGACAGUGCGGCCAGCUCUGAAAAACAAAAAGAUAAAAAUGAACUAGAAAAUUCAAGAGGCUCCAGUUCUAAGAAACCAAAAGAUAACAAGGGAAGCAAAGAGCAGGACUCCAGUGAAUCUAGUUCAAAGGAAGAAAAGAACGAAAGGAAAAAGCAGGACUCCAGUGAAUCUAGUUCAAAGGAAGAAGAGGAUGGAAAUAGAAAGCCCUGCUUCUAUCCCAUCAACAUUCGAUGCUGGACAGAAUGGUUCGAUAGAGACGACCCUUCUGCAUCUGGAGACUGGGAAACUCUUUGCAGGCUCCGCAAAGAGAACCCUGGAAAGAUCUGCCCUAGACCAGCAGCUAUCGAAGCCAAGACUCUAUCUGGGCUCACUGUGGCUGCAGCAGGGGACGUGAUUUACAAAAAUGACAUAACUUCAGGAUUCAUCUGCAGAAACAAAGACCAGAUCAAGAAAAAGAAGUGCAACGAUUAUCGUGUUCGCUUCAGCUGCUAUCCCCCGUUUUGUGACAGAGGAGUGUGUUGGACCAGCUGGUUUAAUCGCGAUAAUCCUGGUGCAACAGGAGACUGGGAGGUUUUAAGUGAACUGAAGAAACAAUACAAAAUUUGUGACAACCCUCUGUAUGUGGACGCUGUUACCACUGACACGAUGACCCCAGCCAUCUACACAGGGGAGACCUUUUACAUGUACAAUCCAACUGACGGAUUUGUUUGCCGCAAUAAGGACCAGACUACUGGCAAGUGCAGAGACUACAAAAUUCGCUUUGGAUGCCCAUGUAACAACUGAGCCCCAAUCGAGUCCACCACGCUUAGAAUUGUGGGGAGAGAAGAAGUUCCUCUUCAUAUCACUUUAAUUUUCCUCUGCUAUUUCUUUUGUUUAAUAAUUCAUUUUUUACUGGGCGUAAUAUCGGGAAGAAUUUGUAAUGGGCCCCCUUCGCAGACAUCUUCACUUAGCGGCGUUGCAAAAGCACAGGUGUUGCUAAAUGAAAGAUGAUCUUGUUUCAAGCGACCAUGGUGAUGUGAACGACACAAAAGCAGCUAAAAAUGAAGAUUUAGUAUUAAAUAUGUACGUAAAUGUUUUCAGUGGUACAGGAGGAAGUUUUUCUGCUUUAACUUUCUUUUCUUUUCAGUGAUUAUGAAAGCAUGACAUUGUUUGACUAAUGAACCAAACGACUAAAACGAAUAAAACCACUAAUGAACAGCAA